AUGCAAGGAGUGGCUUUACGAAUAUCAGGAGACGCAUCCGCAUUUGCGGGUUGUAAGUUUCUGGGGGCACAAGACACUCUCUACGAUCACAAGGGUAGGCAUUAUUACGAAGAUUGCUACAUUGAAGGAUCUGUGGAUUUCAUCUUUGGUGAUGGUCGUUCCUACUUUAAGGGUUGUGAGCUACAUGCGAUUGCAACAGGGGCAGUGGCAGCUCAAAACAGAAGCGCGAGUUCGGAAAAUACAGGUUUCUCCCUUGUCAACUGUAAAGUGACGGGUUCAGACAUAGUGUACCUAGGGAGAGCAUGGGCUCCUUUCUCUACAACCGUAUUUGCUUAUACAUACAUGGAAAACAAUGUCAACCCGGAGGGCUGGUUUGACUGGAAUGAUCCAUCUAGACAAUCGACUGUAACCUUUGGGGAGUAUCAGUGCAGUGGACCUGGAUCAAAUACUGCAGGAAGAGUUAAAUGGUCAAAAAUUCUUACUGAUGAAGAGGCUGGACGGUUUACUUCCCUUGACUUUAUUGAUGCAUCUGAAUGGCUCGACCUAUCAUAA